UACAGAAAGUUGUUUCAACCACGGAAAGUUUUAGUGUACUGAAAGAGCCUACGUAUCGCUGGUUUUCUAAAUAUCAAGCUAGUUCCAGAGCACUUGUCUGACCUUUAGGUUAUUGAUCUGGAAAACGUAUUGCGUUCAUUCCAACGUGUGCAUCGUGUGCAUACACUAAUUUGAGUUACUUCUCAGAACACAGCAGAAGAUAUGGUAUCACAAGGCUGCCUCAGUCUCAUCAAAUACUUCCUGUUCCUGUUUAAUCUGUUCUUUUUUACCCUGGGAUUGCUCCUGCUCUCUCUUGGAUUAUGGAUUGUGUUUGAUGAAGUGAGCUUCUUCAUGCCAGCCCCCUCUUCCCUUUCUCUCUCUGUACUCUCAUAUUUUCUGGCCAUUGGGGGCACUGUCACUAUGGCAGUGGGCUUUUUUGGAUGUGUGGGUGCACUGAAGGAGGUCAGAUGCAUGCUGGGAAUGUAUUUCUUCCUGCUCACAGUCCUGCUGGCAGCUCAGAUUGUAGGAGGAGUUAUUUUCUUCACACAAAAGACUGCGUUUGAAAACAAAGUAAAAGAGCAUGUGCUCCAAAUCAUCACAUCAAUCAGAAAGAAUAACUCCAGUCUGAACCAUUUUGAGAAGACUCUGGAGUACAUACAGAGAGAGGUAAACUGCUGUGGUUGGAACGGACCGAUGGACUGGGGAGAUGAUAUGGUGCCUUGCAGUUGUUACCAGCUUCCCAACAGCACUGUUUUUGAACAUAUAAACCAAGGGAUGAAUAAUGGUUCUCAAAAGCUUUGCCCUUGCCAUUCCACGGUCCCUCAAAACAACACCUGCAACAUUUAUAAUCAAGGCUGCAGAGAAGGUAUUAAGGAGUGGCUUGAAGAAAACGUGGUAAUCAUUCUGGGCGUGUUGUUUGCUGUGGUGCUAGUUGAGUUCAUCCAGUGCAUCGGUCUCACAAUGUUCUAUUGUCUCAGUCAUUGUCAUCAUUGCUGUCACCAGCCACUAAAGACAAAUGACAGGCUCUUUCAGCCUUCAAGAGAUUUUUACAUGGAGUAUUGGCAAGGUAGACUUUUCAUUGAGCCAUUCAAUGUAAACAAUUCUGUGAGCUUUCUUCCAUCAGCUUUCUGUCAUCCUGUCUCACAUAUGAUACCUCCUGAUAUGUUUUGCUAUUUCAGGUGCCAAGAUGUGUCAGGAGUUUUCUGUUUUUUUUUUUUGUUUUUUUUUUUAAAAAGAAAAAUUCUUGGUAAAGCUUGGUAAUCAAAAUAUUUUCAAUGACUCAGAAACAGUUUCCUUACAUAGAUUAACAAUUUUGACAGGACACCAAUUAUUUUUUUUGUUCAUGAGGUAUGGCGGAAAAGAAAAAUAAGGGGGGGAAAGUAAAAUCAUAGGGAAACUAUUAGUUUACAAUUCCCAUUAUAUAAUGGUAAUUCUGGUAAGAAUUUGAUUAUAGCACAAAUAAUAUGGCUUUUGUCUAUUAUGCCAAGUGAAUGGUAUAUACAAAUGACCUCCCUUUUUUCUUUCUCUUUAGCUCUGUGGUAUGGUCCUUUCGAUGUCUCUGUAUAGGAAGAUGAAUUUGGAUUACAGUGCACUGACUCGCUAUUCCUAGUCAGGAGUGAGAGUGGGACACGUCGCAUCGUUUCAUCUUUGUCUGGCUACAAUGGACUCAAACUGAAAAUGAUUGACUAUGAUUGUAAUUAAUUGUUGAUAUUUUUCCUUGACAGUAUUGUUUGUGUUUUAUUCAUUCCGUUAAAUGAGUUCUGUCUUGUACUUCAAACGUAUAAUGUCUGUUUACAUCAUAUAGGUAUAGUUUACUGUAUGUCUAUCUUAUGUAAUAUUCUGUGAGCACAUAUUUGAUGUACACCUGUAUUGUGUGUGUAAUUGCUUUUUAAGUCAUUCAAUAAAAUUGUUUACAAAAUUA